AUGCAGCAGCCCCCGAUCAUCGACGUGAUCGACUUGGUCGACGUUACGGAUGACAAUAUCAUUGAAAAUCGUAAACGCAGUCGUGAAUCAUCAUCUGAACCACGUCGUACUCAUCGUAAGACUGAAAGUCGUGUUUUUUUUGGUGAAGUAAUGGCUCAGGAACGUGAAAUGGAACGUCUUCACUAUGAAAUGAGUCGUCAACAGCUUCAAUCGAGUUCUGUACAGCUACGUAAAGGGGAGACAAUUAUAGAAUCAUCAGCUAUACGAUCGACACAGAAACGGACGGAAAAACGACGUAGUGCACGUCAAAAUUUACGACGUAAGAGAAGUUCAUGCUCUUCAUCAGUUGAGAAGAAAGUAUCUUUUCUAAAGGAAAAGGGAUUAAAACGAAAGGUUUCAAGGGAUCAAGAGAUGGUUUUGGAUGUGGUAUUGCAUUCAACAGCUUGGCGUCAUGUCAAGUUGAAAGAUGCACCGAGUAAUCUCUUACCAGAUCGAAACGAUUUGUUGCAGCCUUUUGCAAUUGAGAUGACAGAGAUUUCAUUAGAUGAGUUUGAUGAACAUGUAAAGAGGACAUGUUAUGUAUCAAUGGAGUUUCUCAAGCCGAAAGUAUUGACCAUGACGUCGGGGACGUUAGGGGAGGCUCGUGACAUGAUGCAAAUGGAUGAAAGAGUGCGUGCAGUGAUUGACGAAGCGACGCCGUUGAUUAAAAAGUGUCAUACAGCGAGGAGGAAAGCCAUUAUUGCCAACACUCGACAGCAGAUUGCGGCGUACUUAGAAGAUCGACCAGUUGUUCGUGCGAAGAUAUUGUCGGCGAUUGUUGGCCUCCCACUUCAAAUCUCGCGGCUUGAAGAGGUUGCUGCGCGAAGGUUGCUUCGAGAUGCUGAGUUCAUGCUCGAUAGCGAAAACCGUCCCCACUACUCAGUUGGACGAAGCGAGUCAGGUUACUCUGAGCAAGUGUACCCGAGAACAGAGACAUAUCUCAGGAAAAUAGCUCCGCUCCCGCGCUCAACGACUUGCAUGCUGGUUUGGGGAACGCACCGAGUCGAGGAUGACCCGAUCAUUCGUUUUGUGCCGUACUUUAGUGCUAGAAGUAACGUCAAGUCGGAGGAGCCUCAAGUUGGCACCAUGGAUCCUUGCCAGGAUACACUAGUAGGUAUGGAUGAUGAGGUGAAGGAGUUUAUAUUGCGGUAUGUGGUGAGUGUUUGCGGGAGUGACCAGAGCGUUUUCGACGCACUUCAACGAAUUGGUGCAUUUGCACAACCUUUUGCAAAUUAUUGCGAUAUCCUUGACCGUGAAACUCGAGUGCAACUAUGGAAGCGGCAUUUACACGAAUUGGAAGGGCAGCAAAACAGCAAUGACAUUUCUGCAUAUAGAAAACGUGUACUAGCCAGUAUUCUUGAUGAGUGCCGCGCAUUGCAGGCUGGGACGCACCUGCGUGACCGGUUGAAGCCACUUCCGACGCACGUGAUUUUAAACUAUCUGCAACAUGGUGAAGAGUUAGGUGUGCGAGGUGCUCCAUCGGAGCAAUAUAGAGAACUGGCAAUCAAGUAUCAAGAUUUCUUCUGCCGUCGAUGUUGCGUUUACAGCUGUAGAAACCAUGGCCGUGGACAGCCAUUUCCAAUCGUGCGUGUUGAUCCACGCUACCCAGUGGUCAAGGCUACUCUAAAACUAUGGCGACGAGUCGAAGAAGAACAACUGCAAUCUAUAGAAGAUACUGGUCUAGAAACGGAUGUCGAAGAAACUUUUGAAGCUUGUGAGCCAGUGCCCGAGCUAGCGGCCACUACUGACUCUUCUGUAGCGACAGAAAUGCAACAGACUCGUGAUGCGACAAAUACGGUUGCCGGUGAAUUUACGCGAAGAUCGCUACGUGCUCAAACGGCCGCAAGUACAAUGGCGUCAUCGAAACUGCUUCGCGUUCACACGAAAAAAAUGGUGCGUUCCAAGACAACAGAUGUGUCGGAAUAUUUAGGUUUGGAUGGCGCUUACGAAGCGAUCACGCAUGAUAAAAAGUUGGCGAUAUUUUCUACCGACUUUUGUUGUGGGUCUCAUUGCUCGAAGGCUGCAUUGGAAUCGAUCCAACGUGAAAAAAGCCAUGGUUGUAGCUACACAACGCGAGACAAGCCGUGGAGAGGGUCAGAAAUUACUUUGCUGAAAAAGCUGGUGAAAUGUGUUGGUGUAAACUCGUGCGCCUUGGCGGCGCUGCUUGCCACACGAAGUUGCACUGAAAUUGCUGAUUUCUUGCGCCAACGCAAAAGAUUAGCGCAAGAUGAUCUUGACGAGCUUGUCUUAGUGCGAAGUGGUGUUUGCGGGCGAAACCGAGAGAAAAGCAAUGGUGUUCUCGGUAACAGUUACGAGCAUCUUUGUCGUACACGCUCUCAGCGAAUGAAGGACCGCGGUGCAAAUCAUGAGUUUGUUCCGUGCAACCAUGAUGGCGGGUCUUGCGAUUCAGCGCAGUGUUCGUGCAUGCGCCGCGACCACUAUUGCGAAAAGUCAUGUGGCUGCUCCCCAGAUUGCUCCAAUCGUUUUCCGGGGUGCCAUUGUGAAGUGGGCCAGUGUCAAACUUCAAAGUGUCCUUGCUAUUUUGCUGCACGGGAAUGCGACCCAGAUGUUUGUACCUCAUGCGGUGCUAGUGAACUUCCAGUUGUCAUGGCUGCUGAAGGAAGCAAAGGUAAAACCGUGGCUCAGCUCAAAAUCUGCGGAAAUGUUAACAUUUUGCGCGGUGACAUGCGUAAGAUUGGGGUUUCGGCGUCAGCUACCCAUGGUUGGGGAGCAUACGCCUUAGAGAAUGUGAAGAAGGGUGAGUUCAUGUAUGAGUACACUGGAUCACUGUUAUCUCAAGAUGAAGCCGAACGGCGAGGCAACGUAUACGACAAAACGACAAUUAGUUUCUUGUUCGACUUGACCGAAGACUCGGUUGUGGAUGCAACGCGCAAGGGCAACAAAAGCAAGUUUGCAAAUCACGACUCGGCAGAUCCGAAAUGCUUUGCCAGGAUUAUGCAUGUUAAUGGCGACCAUCGCAUUGGAAUUUAUGCGAAAGAAGACGUCGCAGCUGGGGACGAGUUGUUUUUCGACUACGGAUACAGUGGAGUCAUUCCUGACUGGAGUCAAGCACGUAUCGGAUCUAGCAAAGAUGCUACGCCAAUCGAAGAAAGUGACGACAGUAAAACCAAUUUAAUCGACGAAAAGGAAGAACACAAACUGUGA